AGCCUCCCCGGCGGGUGACUCCGGGGCCCCGGGCGGCGCGUGCAGUCGCCGAGCGCAGCUGGGCCGGCGAUCCGAGCGCAGGCGGAGGAUGAGGACGAGGAUGCGCACCGCGUGGGCCGUCGCCCUGCUCCUGGCCGCCGCCGCCGGCCUCUCAGCAGAAGACUCAUGCACCAAGAACGAAUUCCAGUGCAGGGACGGGAAGUGCAUCGCCAGCAAGUGGGUCUGCGACGGCCUCGCCGAGUGCCCGGACGGCUCUGACGAGGCCCCGGAGACAUGCAUGUCUGUCACCUGUCAGUCCAAGGAGUUCAGCUGUGGGGGCCGCGUCAGCCGGUGCAUUCCGAACUCCUGGAGAUGUGACGGACGGGCCGACUGUGAGAAUGGCUCGGACGAACAAGGCUGCGCCCCCAAGACGUGCUCCCAGGAUGAAUUCCGCUGCCAGGACGGCAGGUGCAUCUCCCAGCAGUUCGUGUGUGACCAGGACCGCGACUGCCUGGACGGCUCGGACGAGGCCCACUGCGAGAUCACCACCUGCGGCCCCGCCCACUUCCGCUGCAACGCCUCCGCCUGCAUCCCCAGCCUGUGGGCCUGCGACGGGGAUGCGGACUGUGAGGACGGCUCCGAUGAGUGGCCACAGAACUGCGGGGGCCGAGACACCUCCUCCCUGUGGACCAGCGACCCCUGCUCCUCCCUGGAGUUCCACUGUGGCAGUGGCGAGUGCAUCCACCGCAGCUGGGUCUGCGACGGCGGCGCCGACUGCAAGGACAAGUCCGACGAGGAGCACUGCGUGGCGCCCACUUGCCGGCCUGACGAAUUCCAGUGUGCAGAUGGCACCUGCAUUCACGGCAGCCGCCAGUGCAACCAAGAACACGACUGCCAGGACAUGAGUGACGAGCUCGGCUGCGUCAACAUGACACGGUGCGAUGGGCCCAACAAGUUCAAGUGCCACAGUGGCGAAUGCAUCACCUGGGACAGAGUGUGCGACAGCAGCCGGGACUGUCAGGACUGGUCGGAUGAGCCCAUCAAGGAGUGCAAGACCAACGAGUGCUUAGACGGCAAUGGUGGCUGCUCCCACAUCUGCAAGGACCUCAAGAUUGGCUAUGAGUGCUUGUGUCCCGGCGGCUUCCGGCUGGCGGACCAGCACAAGUGUGAAGAUAUCGACGAGUGCCAGGAGCCGGACACCUGCAGCCAGCUCUGUGUGAACCUGGAAGGCAGCUACAAGUGCGAGUGCCGGCCUGGUUUCCACAUGGACCCUCACACCAGGGUCUGCAAGGCUGUGGGCUCCAUAGCAUAUCUGCUCUUCACUAACCGCCACGAGGUAAGGAAGAUGACCCUGGACCGGAGUGAGUACACCAGCCUAAUCCCCAACCUGAAGAACGUGGUGGCCCUGGACACCGAGGUGGCCAACAAUAGAAUCUACUGGUCUGACCUGUCCCAGAGAAAGAUCUACAGCGCCCUGCUGGACCAAGCCCCUAGCUUGCCCCACGACACCAUCAUCAGCGUGGACCUGCAGGCUCCGGAUGGGCUGGCGGUGGACUGGAUCCAUGGCAACAUCUACUGGACGGACUCCGUCCCGGGCAGCGUCUCUGUGGCCGACACGAAGGGUGUGAGGAGGAAGACGCUGUUCCAAGAGAAAGGGUCCAGGCCCAGAGCCAUUGUGGUGGACCCUGUGCAUGGCUUCAUGUACUGGACAGACUGGGGCACACCUGCCAAGAUCAAGAAAGGGGGCUUGAACGGUGUGGACAUCUACUCUCUGGUGACAGAGAACAUCCAAUGGCCGAAUGGCAUCACACUAGACCUUCCCAGUGGCCGCCUCUAUUGGGUUGAUUCCAAACUCCACUCUAUCUCCAGCAUUGAUGUCAAUGGGGGCAAUCGGAAGACCAUUUUGGAGGAUGAGAAGCAGCUGGCCCACCCCUUCUCCUUGGCCAUCUAUGAGGAUAAAGUGUUCUGGACGGAUAUCAUCAAUGAAGCCAUUUUCAGUGCCAAUCGCCUCACGGGUUCAGAUGUUCAUUUGGUGGCUGAAAACCUCUUGUCCCCAGAGGAUAUUGUCCUGUUCCACAACAUCACGCAGCCCAGAGGAGUGAACUGGUGUGAGAGAACAGCCCUCCCCAAUGGUGGCUGCCAGUACCUGUGCCUGCCGGCCCCCCAGAUCAACCCCCACUCCCCCAAAUUCACCUGUGCCUGCCCCGAUGGCAUGCUGCUAGCGGAGGACAUGAGGACCUGCCGCACAGAAGUCACUCCUGUGCCGACCACCCAGGGGACAUCCGCCACCAGGCCGGUGGUCACCGUAACAGCUGCCAGGCCCACGAAGCACGAGGACCAGUCGGCUUCCAGCACUUCUGGGCAGCCUGGGCACAUCCCAGGGCUCAGCACUGUGGAGCCGGUGACAGUGUCGCAGCAAGUCCAGGGCGACAUGGCUGGCAGAGGGAAUGAGGAGCAGCCGCAGGGCGUGGGGGUCUUGUCUGUCAUCCUCCCUAUUGCGCUGGUCAUUCUCCUCGUCGUCGGGGCCAUCCUGCUGUGGAGGAACUGGCGGCUGAGGAACAUCAACAGCAUAAACUUUGACAACCCAGUGUACCAGAAGACCACGGAGGACGAGCUCCACAUCUGCCGUAGCCAGGACGGCUAUACCUACCCCUCAAGGCAGAUGGUCAGCCUGGAGGAUGAUGUGGCGUGAACAGCUGGACGAGCCAUCUCCGUCUGGAUCCAUUGCUGCUUGGGCAGGAAGGACACUUUCUCUACACCUCCUUGUCCAGGACUGGUCCUGCCGCCUCACUGGCCUCUGUGUUGCUCAAAGCAAGAUAACUGCGAAGCUGGGCCGGGGCCCAAGCUCAGCGGCCUUCUGCCCCAGGUUCUGUUUUAUAUAUUUAUUAUCCGGGGGCAGAAAAGGCUCCUGGCUGCGCUGAAGACGGGAAACCUGCCUGGGAUUUUCUUUUUUCGUCUUUCUUUACUUCGAAGGCAAAGAGGUGUCCCAGGAGCUUCUGCCCUCUUCUCUCCUCAACCCCACAGAGGAGGAAGGGACCAGGUGGAGGAAAGCCUGUUGUUCUGAACGUGCGAUAGCAGGUGCUAGCGACAGGGUCCAGGCACCACAGCCAAUCUCUAAACUCAGGACGCGUGCAUUCACCUCCACCCUGCGAGCCUUCCCUGCCUGACUCUGGUCAUGUAAGCCCUGCAGAAAUCAGGAAGGUAACCUCUGACAUUUGGUACUGAUCUUGCUGGAUCUGGGCCCCAGCAGCUGCCAGUGACUGAUUCCUGCUCAUGCCUUUGCCAAAACUGCACCGGUUCCUGGAGGGACAAGCCUGAGUCGCCAUUCCCCUUAAUUUCUGUGAAGUGCCUGAGGCAGCUGGUUGUCUUGCUCAGGAGUCGUGCCUCUCAGGAGUGGCCAUCGAAGCCUUCAGUCCCAUGCCCAGCCGCACGGGACCUGCACUUCAUUCUCUCUUCGCACUUUUCCAGUUCAGGGUUGGGCACCAAGGUGUUUCCCACGUGUACUCUUAGGUUGCACUGUUUGGUGGAGUGUUGGGAGGGAGCCGCGGGCCAGAAGUGGCCCGGUACCCUUGACUAUAGAAGACAAUUCCCAGGGAGGAAGAAGACAUCGGAAUGAUCAGGAAGCCAUUGCCCUCUUCAGUGCUGGGUGGAACUCAGGGUCUCUUCUUGUUUUGUUUUUUACUUUCAACCUCUGCCUGUUGGUUUCAGAUUCUACAUGACACCGUGAUGGGUUCAGCUCCUCUGAUGUUAGCAGUGAUUCAGCACUUGUUUCAGGGCUUUCCCUGGCUUAGCUGUCAUCCCAGCACUGGGAAGCCUGAGGGGGGGCAGCCUGGGCUACACAAUAUGACACUCAGAAAGGAAAAAUGGGAAAAGAAAAAAUAAACCGGCAUGAUUCUUCAUGCCAUAAUCAGCCAGGCAUGAUGGUGCACACCUUUAGUCCCAUAACUCAGACCCUGUGUAUCUAAAAAACCAAAAGAAACCCCAUAAUCUAGGUUAUUUGGGGGAAUUUAGAGGAAUACUUAUAACUUGUCACAAGUUUGUCACAGGGGUAACUCAACUCGUGGAUUCCUGCACAGAUCCACCUAAAGGAUGCCACUGUUCAGGACGUGAGGGACCACCGCCUAGCCCCGUAGGAUACUUGUAAAGAAGCCACGUGCCGAUGGCGCCUGGUCUGUUUUCGCUCUGUAUAUUUGUUCAAGGUUAUCACACAUAUGUAUUAGAUCUAUUUAUUUUUGCAAACCCUGACUGCUGUACUUGGUGACAUUUCUCCAGCCUAGGCUGGGGUGACACUCUGGGAUGCUCUGUGUACAAAGACUAUGUGAAUGGACUGUUCUCGAGCCUGUGUGUUGCUUUGGGGGGGAGGGGCUGCUUUGAAACCACUGUCCGUAUGUUUUUAGAGGCUGAAAAUGUCCUACUGUGAUGCAUUAAAUUCCUUUUUGAAGA